UCCGAGCAUCAAAGAAUGUCGCGCAACCUGACCGAAGGCCAAAGACAUCCUAAGCUUCGCCCGCUAGCCCAUUGAACGACCAUCCUCGUUUCCUGCUACCUACAGCAAACAUGCCGAUCUCAAACCCCGUCAACAAGCCCGGAUACCCGACUUACAAGAGCCCAUACGGCCCGAAAUACCACUACCAACCACACGUCGCAGGAUGGACCCCUAAGCAAGUCACCAAGCUUGGUUUCACCGCCGGCGCAUUCGGCGGCGUCGCCCUAUUCGCCGUUAUAUUCUACGCAUCGGGCAUUCCUAGGGUACAAGACGACAUCCUGAAGAAGGUUCCCGGACUCCGUGGCUACUACGAGAAGAACAUUCCUGCCUCGGACAACCCCUUUUAAAUGGGCGACACUUUUGGCAUGGGUUGGCAGUGAGGCAGGCGAGAGGAAGAAGUGUUGAGACGAAGUGGAAGAGCGUGCAUCUCGAGCAAGCUUCUGUAUAAAAUGACACCCAAUAGAUCAAGACUUCAUUAUGCAUCUUUCAAAUCAUGUGUGCUGUCCAUGGUAACGAAGUAUGAGAGCAGUUGUCGCAGUAGGG